CUGAAAGCGGUGCGCGCAUUUCGUGUUAACCUAGUCGACCUCGACACUCGUCAAGGACUGGCCGCGGCAUACCAACAGCAACGCCGCGCUCGUCACCAGCGCCUCAGACAACACCAACACCAACACCAACACCAACACCAACACCACCAGCAGCAUCAGCCCCACGUCCAGCGCCAUCAUCACAAUCAUCACCAUCAGCAACAUCAGCAACAUCGAGAUGUGAAUCGGCGUCAGCUUAGGUCGGGGCUAGCAGUGCAACCGGCACCUCUUCCCACCUGUACCGCCGACAACAAGCAGACACUCGUUAGGCGGGGCCCGGAAUGCCAGCUCGACUUGCCCCCGAGGCUGAAAGAGGCAGAAACAGGCGAGUUUGAUGCCACCGUCUCAGACUGCAGGGUUGACGGAGACAAGUCGGCCAGAGAGGAGGCCACCUCAGGCACAGACGCCGACCUCGAUGCUGCAGCACAGUCUGCUCGGGAGCGACGAUAUUUCUCGUCUCUUCAUCCACAACUGCGGCACACACGUUUGACCGACUCGGCGGCAACAGACUCACUCGACGCCUUGUCGCCCACGUCGACCAGCGACACGGAAACCGACGCCAUUUCCGGCUUUGCGGCGCCUGAGACGACAACUGCCGCCGAGAUAAAUGCCAAUUUGAGCGAUGACGGCACCGGAUUCGAGCCGGUUACGAGUGAAAAAGCCGCUCUUCUGACCACUUUUGAAGAGGACAACAUGUGUACAGUUGAAGAGGAGCAGGAAGAUGAGCAAACGGUUAACCUUGACUCUCUGGCCGAGCACGAGGACACCUUGUUUACCCACAUUCGGAUGAAUACUUGGCUUGGCGAAGAUGCACCUCUCUUCUUUCCUGGACGCGGACUGACGGGCCAAGAGGAGGACUCGCGACACCGAGACUCGGAGCCGGUAUCUCAUUCACGACAGGUUUACGGGACCAAUCAGACGGAAGAUGUGACCGACAUUUCGCGUCGGCCAGCCCGGCCAGCCGGUCAUGGUGGUGACCUUGCCGCUUCCGAUUUGGUCGAGUUCAUGGCUCCUGUUCAGUCGCCCUCGGACGAGCCUUCAAGCAGCCUCAUCUGCUCGUCUGUUCUGUUUCGAGAAAACCAAUCCGAGCAGUUUUUCCGGCCGUCAAAGAACGCCAGCCUUGACGACGGCGAGCUGGACACGAGUUGUCCCAGUCCGCCGGCUUGGCUGUCCGUCCUCGGCGACUCGGGCUCCCCGCCAGUCCAUCCGGAGUCUCGAGAACCACUCUUCUUUCCACGAGGUCCACCGAUGCGGCCACUUCCGAUUCACGCCUCGCAAGCGGCGACCCGACCCGUCUCACGCCCCUCUUCGGUGGACUCGAACGAAGGCCUGCCUCAAUCACCGGGAUUCGGGCCCAGAUCCGCUGCCCGACGCUCCAGCAAGUCGCCAGCCCCUCCGCCUCCAUCGUUUCUUCAACGAGUUGCAAAGCCCUAUUGA